CAGGAGCGGACCGAAAAUUUGUCCGGUUGUCAUUUUCUUCCGUCUGAAAACUAUCGACUUUACCUGCUGUAAGUGUGUGAUGUUUUCACGGGUGCUGUAAUUUAAAUGUUAAAAUUGUUCAAAUAACCUGGAGGACGCGUUCGCUUCCGUCAGAUGUGUUCAAAAAGAAGAGAAAAUCGUUUUUUGAAUGAAGUUUCUCUUUUUUAUGUGGUAUUGAAGCAAAGCGACUUUGUUUCAUGUCAGUCGGUAAAUUGAAAUCAGCAUAAGAAUACAAUAUGUUAGUUUGUGCUAGUGUUAGAAGUGCUAGAAGUGUUACAGGAAAAAUCCACGACAACAAAAUGUGCACUCAAGGGAUAACGACAAAUGUCCAAAAUGUAGAGAGCCAGAGGACCUAAGGGAGACCAUGAUGGAUGUAGAUGGGAGAUCCCACAAUCGGACUUGGGACUGGGACAGUCCGCGCUGCCGGGCCCAGCUGGACGAGAUCUUUUUCCGUCAGAGCGACUACAUCCAAGCCGGCAGCCAGGAACACAAAGACUUCUGGGCCUUUUUUGACCGCUUCCAGAGGUUCAAACUAAAGAAGGACAUGUGUGGACCCGAUCCGAGCCUUGAUGAGGACAGAGACCGGCGCCAAACGGGGUCUUUGGACCUCCCUAAGGAAUAUGACGCCCGGUACCGCAUCAACAUUUCUCUGGUGACCAGAGACAUCGAGGAGCGUCUCGGACGAUCCCACCCCAACCACAGCAGGCGCGACUCUUCGGGUCUGAACUCUGAUGUGAUCUCAGACUUUCGUCUCUCCUUGCUGCACUACCUGGACUUCAGCCAGCGGCAAAGUUUUGCCAAGUUGGCCAAGCUGCAGCGCGAGCAGAAGAACCUGCCCAUCUUUCAGUAUCGAGAGCGCAUCGUGGACCUGGUCAGACGCCACCCUGUGGUCGUGGUGGCAGGAGACACUGGAUGUGGCAAGUCCACUCAGGUGCCCCAGUAUCUCCUCUCAGCUGGGUUCACCCAAAUAGCCUGCACGCAGCCCCGGCGUAUCGCCUGCAUCUCCUUGGCCAAGAGGGUCAGCUUUGAGAGUCUCAAUCAGUAUGGCUCAAAGGUGGGCUAUCAGAUCCGCUUCGAGACCACGCGCACCACCGCCACCAAGCUCAUCUUCCUGACCGAGGGUCUCCUGCUGAGGCAGAUCCAGCAGGACAAAACGCUGGAGCAGUACCAAGUGCUGAUCGUGGACGAGGUUCACGAGCGCCACCUGCACGGCGACUUCCUGCUUGGCGUGCUGCGCUCGCUGUCGGCUGAUCGGCCCGCCGACCUGCGGCUCAUCCUCAUGUCGGCCACCAUUAACAUCAAGCUUUUCUCCGAAUACUUUGGCGGCGCUCCCGUGCUGCAGGUGCCGGGCAGGCUCUUCCCCAUACAGGUGAUCUAUCAACCCAUCCCCCCCGAAGAGCAGGCAUCGACUCGCACAGAGAAGCUGGAGCCGCGUCCGUACCUGCGCAUUCUGCAGGGCAUUGACCAACGCUACCCGCCGGAGGAGCGCGGCGACCUGCUGGUCUUCCUGAGUGGCGUGGCUGAGAUUGGUGCCAUCCAAGAGGCGUGUCAGGUGUACGCCACGCACACGCGCCGCUGGAUUGUGUUGCCGCUGCACAGCACGCUUUCGCUGGCCCAGCAGGACAAGGUGUUUGACAUCGCCCCUCCUGGCGUGAGGAAGUGCAUCAUCUCCACCAACAUUGCAGAGACCUCAGUCACCAUAGAUGGCGUGCGCUUUGUUGUCGACUCAGGCAAGGUGAAAGAGAUGAGUUUCGACCCCAAAGCCAAGAUGCAGCGUCUUCAGGAGUUCUGGAUAAGUCGAGCCAGCUCGGAGCAGAGAAAGGGCCGUGCUGGUCGCACGGGCCCUGGCGUGUGCUACCGCCUCUACGCCGAGUCAGACUACGAUGCCUUCGCCUCCUACCCUGUGCCUGAAAUCCACCGAGUGGCGCUGGACUCCUUGGUUCUACAGAUGAAGAGCAUGGGACUCGGAGAUCCGCUUUCCUUUGUCUUCAUCGAUCCUCCGCCGGCAGCCAGCAUCCAGACCGCCAUUACCUACCUCAAGGAACAGGGGGCACUGGACCACCGGUGCGAGCUGACCACCAUCGGGAGUGUCCUGGCCCAGCUUCCUGUCGACGUUGUAAUUGGCAAGAUGUUGGUGCUGGGCUCCUUGUUCAACCUGGUGGAGCCAAUGCUGACGGUGGCCGCUGCACUCAGCGUGCAGUCGCCAUUCCUGCGCAGCUCGCAGCACAACCCCGACUGUGCCACCGCCCGCCAGCCGCUGCACUGCAACCAGGGGGACCCCUUCACGCUGCUCAACACUUUCAACGCCUGGGUGCAGGUGAAGGGUGAGAGAGGCAGUGAGUCCAGAAAGUGGUGCCGUCGGCGAGGCUUGGAGGAGCAGCGUCUCUACGAGAUGGUCAACCUCCGCAGACAAUUUAAGGAACUUCUAAGGAGCCACGGCCUGCUGGAGGAGGAGGUCGAGUGUGAUAAUCGCGGUGACCGGCAGCAGCGGCGCGAGCAUUUGACAGAGAGGAGGAAGCUUCAUCAGAUAAAGAGAGAUCACGAGCAGCAGGAAGGCACCAAACGGAAAGUCCUCAAAAUGGAAGAGGGCCAGGAAGGGGAGUUCUCCUCUGGAUCCGACACGGAGGAACCAGGACGAGGACGAAGCAGGAAGAAGAAGGCCAAGGACGGAGCUAAUGUGGACAUCCAGGAAGUGAAAUUCAAACUGCGCCACAACGUGUCGGCGCUGCAGGACGCCGUCAACGCCAGCCAGGAUUUGUCAUCCCGCCAGCAAGCUCUCCUCAAGCUUCUUCUGUGCCGGGGUCUCUACCCUCAGCUGGCUCUGCCCGACGAGCACAACGGCACCCGCAAGGAUACUGAGCAGGUGUUCCAUACGAAGAAUAAGCAGGGAAUCGUCAUCCAUCCCACCAGCGUGUUUGCCAGUGACCCAGAGGUGUUGCAUGUGCGGGAUGACGCCCGGGAUACGGGACGAGAUAGCAGCAAACAUCAGCUGCUGGCCUUCGUCACCUUGCUUGAGACCAACAGACCAUAUUUGUCCAACUGUGUGCGCAUUCCUGCACUGCAGGCUCUGCUGCUGGUCGCCAACUCUCUGGACAGCAACGCUGAUUGCUCCCGUCUGGUGGUGGACGGUUGGUUGGAGCUGCAGUUGAAGGUACCCGAGGAAGCCCUCAAGGCGCUGUCCACGGCGCUCAGCCUACGGGCCGAGUGGGAGCGCCUCCUGCAGGCCCAACUGGGGCAGAGUCCCGCCCCCGAGGGGUCCCGGAAGUCCAUGCUGAAGCUAAGCGAGCGCCUGGUCCGCUUCUUGCUUUACACCGAGAUCAAUUACACUCUGCAGCGCCUCUCUGCCCUCCACACUCAGAACCUGUAUGUCGGACCCCAGGCUGAGUCGGAACUUUCCCUUGGCGCCGGUGCCGGUCUCCCACCGCUUUUUCCCGGCGCAGAAGCCAAGCCGGACCCUAUCAAGGGAGGACUGCGCGUCAGCAACUUCUUCACCUACAAUUGUCUGACCGAUUCUCGGGACUUGUACAGCGAUUGCCUGCGUACUUUCUGGAACUGUCCCAACUGCGACCUCUACAUGCCGCUGACACCUCUCGAGCGUAUGCAGCACGAGACCACCUGCAGGCCGGCAGGGGAACAACAGGAACAGGACGAAGGGACGGAUGUUGUAAAGCCAAGCUCGUCCUCCUCCACUCUGUGCCGAGUCUACCACUGUGAUGUUUGUGACCAAGACUUGACGCUCACAUCCACGGAGAUCCUCAAGCACAAAAGGCAACACAUGUUCUCUGCUAAGUAACUCAUUCGGCGUACCGCUUCGCUGAAAAAAAGCGAUCGGGUGUCAAAAUGAACUGGCGUAGAAAUGAACUUCAAGCGAGAGAAGGAGCUUUUAAAAUAUAGAGUGAGGGUUUAAUAAGGAUACAAACCCACGAUAUGUAACACCUCAAAGCAGCACAUUGGCACAAAGUCAGAAGUAAGACAGUACGGAAGAUAAAAACCUGCCUUAAGGGGAAAAAAAAGAAGAAUCUGAAUAAAUAUCGCAAUAAAUAAAGAAUAAAACAGAUCAUAUCUCAUCACUUACUUUUGAAACUCAGAAUCAUAAUUAAAAACAUUUGGAAAUAUGCACAUUGGCAGAAAAUAAAUAAGGUCAACAGUACUGAAUACAGAGUUACUCGGGUAAAUCAUAAGGUAUUGAUUACUCAAAUCAAAAGGCACAUUUAUUAAGAUGUAAUAACGGGCAGAGGGCCUGUGAGAGUGUGCCGACAGGAACGCCAUCUGCGGGUGUGAAGCGGAAGUAACAAUCGUGUGUACGUGGAUGUGUGUGUGUGUGCAUGUGUGCGUGUGAGUGCACAAUGGCUUCUUUUUACGGCUUUGGUCCAUCUGCGUCAGCCAGUGGACGUGAAUGUGAAUGUGCGUGUAUUUGCGGGCAAGGUAUGGCAAUGGCAAUGGUAAGGGAAUGGCAGUUUAGCUUCCUGGAGCAACUUAUUUGUGAUUUUGUUGUGAUGACGAGUUUGUUCAUUCGAAAAGUGGUGCAGGAUCAACCGUGUCAUGUAGUUGUGUUACAUUUUGGUGGAGAGGGAGGCGGGGGGCUUUCCAGAACCAUCCCACAGCGCAGUUUUCAUUUUCAAGGCUUUGCUGCUGCAAAGGGGAUUGCAAUAAGAAAAACAAAUGCACAGUGGCUAUGUUGACGUGACUGAUUUGUACGUACAUUUUACGAACAUUGAUGCCAAUUUUCAGGCUUAGGGGCUCCCUGUUGUGUGCAUGAGACUGGGGUUCUUCAGCUUUUUUGGGCUUCCUCAUAAUUCUUACACAAAUUUAAGAUAAGGCGUGUUAAAAGUUGCCUGUUUUCUCCCUAAAAUUAAACCUGUCACAAAAAUGUCACACAGCUACAGGGCACCGCAACUUUAAACCUUUCCCAGUCUCUUUUGACGAACCGGAGCAGUUUUUGCAUCGGAUGGAAUCGUGAGUGGAACAAGUAACAUGAAGAUGCACCUUGUUGUACUCGAGCUCUUUUGGAAGUCUGCAUUCUGAAUCGUGUCUGCCAGUUAAUACGUCCUAAAAAAUGUAUGAGGGUCCUGUAAAUUUCGCCAACGGCAGCAAGUAAAAGAACGAACUCCCUCCAAAAAAAUAAAACAUGAGGGGGAGCGGGAUUUUCAAGUAGCCGCAAUUUGCUGCUCACCGGGCCGUUUUAUUAGGUACGUCUGUAGAAUCAAAUCCAAUAUGAAAUGCAAGCAUCAUGUUUAUCCUUGUUGCAACAGUCGUUGGUUAGAGCAGCGAUUCCCAACCACAGUGUAGCAUGGGAAAUCACCUGGUGUAGCAAUUUCAAUUCAUCAGUCUAAAAAGGUAUAUUUAUUCGGCAAAUAAAAUAUUGUUUGUUCAUCUCUCUAUGCUCUUGACGUAUAGUGACAGGCAGAACCGCUUCAUGCUCUUCCGCUCGAUAGCAUUAGGUUCAAUUAACCCGCGUGUCAACUCGAUGCCAUUCACAGACUAGAAUAAUAGCUUUCUGUUCAAGUCUCAAUCUCACACUGCAUCAGUAAAUUUGUGAUUGAUUGUGAGAGGAGGUCAUCGUUAUCGUCACGGUUUGGCAUUCGACAAUUAAUCGUUUGACGGGGACCGAUCUUCCCUUAUUCGAGCAAUAAAAGGAUAAGUUUGGCGCCAUCUUAAAAAAUCUUGGUGCCCCCAAAAACCGAUGUUGAAAUGAAUAGAGGAGCCGCAUUUGGACAACAGUAACAUUUUAUCUUGGUGCCAAGAAUCUGUAUUUAAAAUAAGAUAAGAAAACCUUUGUCUCACGAUGGAGAAAUUUGUUGAGGUGAAUUGGAGAAUUUCAUUGAGACAAAAUUCGUACUUAGUCCAGUGUUACUGUUUAUCUUCAAGGAAAUGUUCAAGCUUAUUCAUGCAGCAUAAGUUACUGGCGGAUUUUUGCUAUUUGCGGCAGGGCUCGGUCCCUCUUUGCCGUGAAUCGCAGUGGAACACCAGAAAUGCUUUUUUGUGCCGUUUUUGUUUCAUGGUGUACAAUGAGAUUUUUGUGCCGUGGCUCAAUAAAGGUUGGGAAGCACUGUUUUAUAGA